AUGAUGGAACUUCAUUUGAGCAUGGAUAUCAACAAGUUAAAAUUCGCUGUCAGUUGUUCCAGUAAUAUGAAUCGAAGUAUGGAGGCACAUAGUUUUAUGCAAAAGCGAGGUUUCAAUAUUGAGUCUUACGGGUCCGGAAAUCAAGUUAAACUUCCUGGCACAGCAAUAGACAAACCAAACUGUUAUGAGUUUGGAAAAACGACAUACGAAUUCAUUUAUAACGACCUCAAAGCGAAGGAUUCAGCAUAUUACACUCAGAAUGGACUUUUGAAUAUGCUGGACCGAAAUCGUCGCAUAAAGCCAGCUCCACAGAAGUUUCAACACGAAGACAAGGAAUUCGAUGUCAUUAUUUGUCUUGAAGAGAGGGUUUAUGAUCAGUUGGAUGAAUGUGACGAUCUGGACAAUGAAAUCGACGAAAUCUUGGCAGAUUUCGAGGCAAAAAAUCAGAAACGGAAUAUACUGCACACCAUUUGUUUCUAUUGA